CUACAUCUCAUCAGCGCGCCAGCUGUAGACGAAGAUACAAUCGCGAGCAUUCGACUGCUGAGAGGCAGCUACGGUUCUCAUCAUCUGCUCACAAUGGCUUCUGCUUCCUCUGAAGAAUGGGAAGUGGUCGAUGAGAAACAGCUAUAUCUCGAGCUCCAGGGGGUUGUCGACUUUCCCGCGGAAACUCCGGUUGAUCGCUUCGAUUUCAUCAAUGCGGACAGUCAAAAGCCCUUAUUCAAGAUAGGAGAUUUCGUCUACGCGGGGCGAUACGAGGAUACCGUGGGAUCUCACAUGGCUUUCCGCAUCGAGAAUUGUCCCGCAGCCACGGCCGACACGGCCCCUCGCAGGAAACUUCAUUUCGCCGGUAAAACCGACAAAGUUCUCAAGAUGGCACCCGCUUGCAUUCGCCAGAAAAAUAAAGAAGAUCAGUCUUCCUGUGGGAGCUGACGUUGCAGU